CAAGGAGAGAGGAAGAUGGCGACUGGCAGGGAGUUGUAGGCGCCGCUGAAACAGAUUUAGCAGGCAGAUAGGGCUUCAGAGUAACGCACCAGUGCUGCUCAUUUGACCGCCGUCCUUUAAGAGUUUAUACGACAGGAAUUAAUACGCUAAUGGCGCUGCUGUAUGGCUUGUUAUGGCGGUUCUUGCUGGUUGUUGUACACGUCAACAGAGCGCUCGUCUCCUGGCUCCGCGUCUGGCUUCGGAGCUGGAAGGACCGGUUGUGGGAGAGGGCGAUGGCGACAUUUCUGCUGCCGGUAGCCCUGGCUGGGUUCCCAGAUCAUCACAAGAAGUUAAAUCACAACCCCGAUGCUAACGCUAAUCCGGUAACUGAACACCACACUGCUGGUCACCGGUCACGGUGGUUAUCCGACGGCAGGUCCCUGGAGAAGCUGCCGGUCCACAUCGGCCUGUUGGUGGCGGAAGAAGAGCCUAGCUACACGGACAUAGCGAACUUGGUCGUCUGGUGUAUGGCUGUCGGUAUUUCUUAUGUCAGCGUCUAUGACAAUCACGGUAUUUUUCGAAAGAACAACUCCCGUCUGCUGGAAGAGAUUGUAAGGCAACAGCAGGAUUUGCUUGGUGUGGAUGGAUCCAAAUACAAUGUGGAGUUCCUGAGCAACAGCAGUGACAAACACCAGCACCAUGUGGUGUCCUGCAGGCCCACAGUGAAGGUGCUGUCUCCUGAGGAUGGGAAGCAGAGCAUCGUCCAGGCAGCACAGCAGCUCUGUCGCUCAGUGGAGAACAAAGAGAGGCGCUCCAAAGACAUCAGUGUCUCCAUGCUGGACAUACUACUCAGAGAGUCAAAGAAUAUCCCCGACCCUGAGCUGGUGCUGAAGUUUGGUCCUGUGAACAGCACGCUGGGCUUCCUCCCCUGGCACAUCAGACUCACUGAGUUCAUCUCCCUGCCGUCCCACAGAAACGUGUCCUAUGAGGACAUGCUGGGCGCCCUGCAACGGUAUGGCGUCUGUCAGCAGCGGCUCGGCCAGUGACGUUCAGGCCAGCUUCAGGUUCUUCAGAUGAGAAGAAAUGUGGGCUCCACACAGUCAGGGGAGAGUCUGGACAAGUGGUGCCCCCCCUGCACCUCACUGUGUUCCUCACUGCUCCUCUCCCCAGCUCUGUCUGUCUCCUGGAUCUCCACCAGACUAAGACAGCUCAAAGAUGAGGGAACCAGGAGAGCCAGCUCACUUCCUGCCACCAGCUCUUGUCUUAUAAUUAACUGACAUUCCACAGGACUAGUGGAACAUGCUUUCCAAGCCAAGAGAAAAUGGGACAUCAGAGACACACUGGCAUGAGAAGACUGUCUACAUAGACUCAGUGUUCCAUAAACCCUGUUCUGUCCUCUCAAAGCCUCUGGCUCUCUCUUUGUCUUUCAGUGUCCAGCUGCUGUUUACUGCUGAACACUUGCCUUCACUCAGCAGACAACAAAGAAGAAACAAGGCUUUGUGCCUGUCCUCGUGAGGCAUCCUGGGAAAUAUAGCUGCAUUUUAGGGAGAAGCUCAACCUCCAAGUCCACGUCAGCUGAGCAGCGGAGGCUGAGCUGAGGGACAGGCUGGUCAAUAUGUGUAAAUAUGAGAAAUCCAUCUGGCUCUGUGUUUGUCCCUGUGGCCUCCAGCUUGCAGUCGUGUGUUCAUGUGUAGUGUUGCUUCAGACACGUCCAGAGGUUUGUUUAAGGCUCCUGUUGGACUGACAAAGCUCUGAAAUAAAGACCAGCUCUGUCUGUC